GGAAUGGAGAACCCAAAUAGCUAUAGGAGGAAGAGAAGAAUGCUUCAUAACACAAUAUUUCAAACUCAAGAACAACUAGAUGAAAAGGAUGAAGGUGAAAAAAGUAUAAAUGCUACUAUUAUUAAGGAAAAUCCUUACAGCGCUAUUGGUGCUCAAAACGACCGGCAUAGACUUAGAGGGACAACAAAUGCAAAACUAGAUAAAGUACUAAGAGAAAACCAGAGAUAUGAAUGAAAUCCCUUUGAUGAUGAAUUGGACCAGCAAGUUUCUCCCUUUCGAUACUCUGUACACUCAGGACCAGAAGAAGGCAUAGACUGUCUUAGGGAAUCAAAUCCUUUUUUUUAAUUUCAGCUCUGACACUGCUCACAAGGUAUUUGAUAAAUUAGUUAAGAACAACCACGACCCUCGACAGAGGUUGACAACUAUGAAGCAAGAGACAGUUAAAGUAGAGCAGCAAAAGGCAAUGAAAAGAAGCGGAAGCAUGCAUAAAAUUGAGAAUAAAAUGAAAAGUGUAUCAAAAAUUUUGAAAUUAGAAGGAAGAGUUGAGGAAAGCACGCAGGAGAAGAAGGAAAGCAGAGAUUCGGCCCUCAAAAAGCCCCCAAUUGCUAAGAACUCCUUUGUAAGGGAGAGUCCUUAUAAAGGAAGUUUCAGCCUGAAGAAUAAGAAUAAUGAGAGAAUGAAGAAUUUAAUGUAUGGGACUAAGAGGAGACAGUCUAAUGCGGAUAAGAACAUCAUGGAUAUCCUUAACUCAAGCAUUAAACGUAGAAAUAGUGAGAGUAAAUAAAGAUACACUUGAUAAUUCCUCCAGAUAUGUGAGGAGAACAAUGAAUAUUGAUGACACUUCGAAUCAAAUAUCAAGGCACGGGAAAUCAUUUUCUCCUAAUUUCAGUGCGCCAAAGAUCAGAAAUAAUACAGCUUACAAAAGGAAAAAGUCAGAUAGUUGAUACUACAAGCCUGUAGAUCCCUUUGAGGAAUCAAAAAUGUCACCUUUUGUAUCAGCUGCAGAUAAUAUUGAGGAACUGGAGUACAAGCCUGGAGGAGCUCCUUUGCUAGAUGAGAAUGAUAAUUCCUUUCUUAAUAACGACCAGAUCAUACAAGACCUUGAAUUUGAAGUAAGUAGAGAACACUACUCUCGAACAAUGAACGAUCACCGUGUCAGUACCUACAAAGUUAGGGAUUCUAAUAGAAGAAAAAGACUGCGCAAGUCUAGUGCCGAAAAAGAAAAUAACUUUAAAGCAUCUAUUAUAAAUACAGCUGAUUUGCCGGAGUUAGCAGCUCAAAACCACUCAAGAAGUAUGAGGAAUAGCAGAGCUGAAGAAAAUGAGCGGCCAAGUCAAUGAAAAUCAACAGGAGAUUUGAGGAACCCACAGCUUGACCAGAGUGUGGAUAGUAUUGGAGAAGCAGCUGAUGUUACUAUUUCAAUGGAAGAUCUUCCUCUAACCCCUACUAUGAGCGUUCUAAGCCCUACUGAUAUGUUCAAUCCUACAGGAUUGAAGAAGGUUGAGGUCCAGGCUAAAGCUGAAGUCAAAUAUUCUAGAGAUUUUGUGCGAAACCAACGGUUUGGCAGGCUUAACAAGCAUGCAGAUAUUGUGAGUUAUGAAAAUCACGAAAUUUUCCCUGACUACCCUGGAUACUAUUUUCGUGAAAUCUACCGUAACACAGCACUUGAGCUGCUUGAAUCUAAUCAAAAACUUGAUGUAGAACUUACAGAUCAUGAAAGGAACUGUGAUAAUGAUUCUGUUAUCCCAGAACUAACAGAUAGAAUAGUUGAUGAUAAUAAAGUGCAUGCGACACAAAGUAUGCAAGGUCUUUAUUACAUAAACACUCUUCAGCCUACUGAUGCUUAUAAGGACCAAAAAGUGACACUCCCUCCUACUGAUAAGAAGAAAUUAGCAGUAUUUGAUAUGGAUGAAACUCUGAUCCACUGUGUGUUUGACAGAGCUGCUCUUGCAAAAAAAACCAAUGGGAUUGGUAAAACAGAUGUUAUGCUAAAGUUCAAAUUUUCUUCAGAAGGGCUCGAAUACCUCCCUGUGAACAUUAGACCAUUUAUACGAGAAUGAUUAUUGGAGUUAAAACAGUAUUAUCAAAUUAUUGUCUUCACUGCUUCAAAGAAAGAGUAUGCUGAUACUAUUUUGGACCAUAUUGACCCAGAUGGUGAGCUCAUAGAAUACCGGUGAUACAGAGAUAGUUGAUACACAACAAGAGAUUAUGUGUAUAUCAAAGAUCUCAGAAUCUUCGAAGAUCAGUGGGAAAUGAAGGACAUCGUUCUUAUCGAUAAUGCAGUCCAUUCAUUCGGGUUCCAGAUAGACAAUGGCAUUCCCAUGCUUCCGUUCUUUAAUGACAAGAAGGAUAAAGAGAUGAUCUACCUUGCCCAUUACUUAAAAGAGCUUUAUAAACAAGAUGACUUAAGGCCAAUGAUCGAAAACACCUUUUGGAUUAGGCGGCUGACAAACAAUCAAAUCCUUGAAGCGAUUGAAGGCGUCAUAGAGUACGCCAUCGAGGAAGUCGAAGAGUAUGUCGACGAUGACUUUGAAUUUGAUGAGCUUGAGAAGAUCGAUCCAAAUUCAGGAGAAGGACCCAUCCGAGAAAGUGUCACCGAUCUUGAAAUUACAGAUGAUGUUGAUGAGAGGGAAGGAGAAACUGAGAGCUCAUCUAGUAUUGCUAUGUAUACAAGAACAAUGCCUUGAAAGCCUUCUAGUGCUGAUGAUAGGAUGAGUAAUCUUCAUUUUAAUGCUCAGGCUGAUCAUGCUAGAACAAUGCCUCUCAAAAAUCAGCGCUUUGAUAAAGAUUCUGAUGAUUUUAGUGGUCCUCCAACUCUGAGCGGGGAUGAUGUUCAAGCAGUGAAACAAGAGCGAAAGAAAUCAAAAUAUCUAUCUAAUACUCAGAAAGUAGGACUUUUUAACUACAAAGAAGCAGCGGUUAAUGCUACUGAAAGUUCUAAGGAUGAAUCAUGGCUUCAGAAGAACUUAAAUAAGCUCAAGAGUUCCUUCCGAGUGUCUGGUAGAUCAAUUCAAAGCGACUCAGACUGAAUAUAACACUCGAGUAAUAAAUGCUUACUUCA